CCAGAGGGCUGGGGCAGCGUGGCUAGUGUACGGGGCUUAGUGCGUACUUGGUGUCUGUAGCUCAGUUGAUAAUAAGCAAGAAAAAUGGUCGAGGCGUUUGUAGGCUCUUGGACUUUGCAAAAAAGCGAAAACUUCGACGAUUACAUGAAGAAUCUGGACGUGAAUCUCGUGCAGAGGAAACUUGCUUGCUCUGUGAAUCCCCAGACUGUCAUUUCUGUCGAAAACGAUGUAAUCACUAUAACAACCAAGAGCAAAAUUAAAACGACAACGAUCAAAUUCAAGCUGGCAGAGGAAUUUGACGAAACCACCGCAGACAAUCGGUUAACUAAGACUACUGUGGUAUUGGAAAACGGCAGAUUGGUCCAAACACAGAAGUGGAGUGGAAAAGAGACAACCCUGGUUAGAGAAUUGAAGGAUGGCAAAAUGAUCUUGAUUUGCACCAUGGGCAAUGUGGUGUGUACCAGAGAGUACGUGAGGACCAAAGAUGAUUAACAAGGAAGAUGAAUUCUACUCAACAACAUCCAUUUGUUUUUGCUGCUUUUCUACUGGACCUUCCCUAAGUAUUAUGCAUCACUGGGACUGUUCUUUCAUGGCAUUUACUGAGUAAAGUCAGAUUUUGCAAGUUACAGAUACACUUUAACAGAUACGGUGCUGGAUUGUCAUCAUACUGAUUUUGUGACUGAACUCAUUACUGCUAUUUGUAAAAGUUAUGUUUAUUGAAAUAACAAAUGGACAGACUUUGCAUUUUUCUUUUCAGACAAAACAUUACAAAUUUUUAAAAACCUUAUUACUUUCCAAUAUGAAUAUGCUGGACUAAAAUUGUGCUCAAGAAAAGAAUGACUUGGCACCAAAAUAAGCAUUUGAGUACUAUAUUUUUGGCAGCUAAUUAUGUUUGUCAUAUUACGAUUGCUUGCUUUACAGACUGAAGGUAAUGUGCAGCUAUCUUGUCUGAAACCUUUGCUGUUUUUUUUAAUUGCUGGCAUUGACAUAUUGACAUUUCUUCUCCUCUUUUCCCCCCCCCCCCCAGUAUUAUUAGACCUUUUUUCAAAUGGUGCAGUGUUUGGAUAUAGAACAGCCCAGUGUACAACCAGAGUGCAAAGACUGUCCAACCUUGGCAACUCUUAAUAAAAAAAUAUGUACUACACAA